CGUUGUUGCUAGGUAGGAUCCCCGCAUAAUGUCUGGCCAACCGUUAGGCGACGGUAAUUUUUAGCGCUCACCAAAGUAAGUUCAGAGCCAUCGUUGAGAUGGACGUCAUGGACCCGAAACAACCGAAAAAGUGCCUGGGGCCCAGAUAAGCAUCAACGGCACUACCGGGGACUUGUGGUAAGAACGUCCGCUGUGACGCGCUGAAAAUAAACGGACCGGGAGAGGCCGAGUAAAAUGAAAACGUAACGAGGGGAUGGGUCAACGAGUGAGUUCCUGACAUAUAAUACGCUGUGAAGCGUACACGAGGUUCAGACGUCUUGCGGCAACCUACUCACUUUUCUCCGCUCCGCACCCUCGCUCUUCGGAUCAAGCAAGAACGCAAGAAACAAUAUGGAGAAAAUGGAGAAGAUGACGACUCGAAGCGAGCCAACGACGACGGAAAAGAAUGAGGCGAUGCCACAUCAGCCAGGCAUGGGGACACGCACACACCCGAUGAAAGUGCUGAGCCUCGGUCUUCCACGCAUGGGAUCGUACUCGAUGUGCCUCGCACUCCAGCAACUGGGCUACCAGAACGUCUACCACCUAAUCGACGACACGGCUCGACGGCCGGAAGAUUGGGACUUCUUCGCCGAGGCAGCGGACGCGCUCUUCCCCUCGCUACCGACGUACAACAAGCGAGGGAUGACGAGGGAGCAAUGGGACGUCAUUUUCGGGUCGUGCGAGGGGAUAACCGACAUUGGCAGUAUAUUCGCCAAGUCGCUCAUCGAGGCGUAUCCGGAGGCCAAGGUGAUCCUCGUGGAGAGAGAUUUCGACAGCUGGUGGAAAUCGAUGGAGAACCUCCUGGAUCUCAUCUUCGGCCGGACCGCGUGUCUCUACCGGGACGUGAUCGAGCCCGUCGCCGAAUCGGGCUUGACUAAGUCGGUGCAGAAGGUGGUAGGGGGCUGGCUGGGCGUGGAGACCCUGAACCCUUCCAUGGCCGAGCUGAGGGCCAGGGUGCGCGACGUGUACGCGAAGCAUAACGCCAUGAUCCCCAAGCUUGUGCCUGAAGAGAGGUUGCUUCGGUGUCAACUCGGUGAGGGGUGGGGGCCCUUGUGCAAGUUUCUGGAUAAGAAGGUGCCGGAUACGACGUUCCCUCAUGCAAAUGAUGCGGCUUCGUUCAAGAAGCAGGUCCAGGGGAGCAGGACGAAGUUGGCGUGGUUGGCACUACAGCGGGUCGCAUUUUGGGUUUCGGCGAUCAUGGUGGUGGGGGUGAUGAUUCUUCUGGCAGGACGAAUGCAGGGAUAUUAACUGCGAUGGCCAAAGAUGGGUUUGAU